AUCUACUACUCACAUUCGAUUUUUCUUGAUCCUUGAACUAGGAAUUGUUCAUCUUUCAUCUUUUCAACAAAAAGUUUCUGAAAAAUUGUUCAAAAUGUUUAACUUAAUUUUAUGGAUUGCUGUAAUUUAUAUGCCUACAUUUUCAAAAGCAGCAGCAGUUAUCUCAACAGAAAACAUUCCUGAGCAUAUUCCUGCACCUGAACCUAAAGUGCACCUCAAUCCUGAGCCCGAGAAAGCUAAAUCGGAAGAGCUGAGAUUGUCGCUGAAAAGUGUGGACAUUGCAAGGAACUUGUGGCGAGAUGAUGAGAAAGGAGAGCUAUUUCGAGUGUUCCGAGAACCACACAUAAUGACUGCCGAGGACGGUAAAGAUGGAAUCCCAUGUGCCCACCACGCCCACGACCGUAGCGAUGAAAAUCUACCUGAGAGUCCAAACGAGUUAGCAGCGGCCCAAUUCGUCCCACAAAAUAUUCCCAAGUUUGGUAAGACCAAUCCAAGUAAGCGAGCUGGUAGGACCUUCUGGCCGUUCGUGAGUUGGCACUAUAAUGACUGCUACUACUACGGUAUUGGCUGCUACCCACCACCUCCCCCGUACUACCCAGAAUAUCCCCCACCUCCCUAUUAUUAAAAAUCAUCGUCCCAACAUAUGUAUUUCAUAAUGAUAAUUACCACGAAAUGUAUAGUCAGUACU